AUGUUAGAGUUGCUUGAAGAGAUGCCAAAUGGAGUUCCACCUGAAAAAGUGAGAAAUUACAUCUAUCAGUUAAUCAAAGCAAUUCACUGGUGCCAUAAAAAUGACAUUGUUCACAGAGAUAUCAAGCCAGAAAACCUGCUGAUCAGCCAUGAAGAUGUUCUGAAGCUAUGUGACUUUGGAUUUGCUCGGAACCUCUCUGAAGGCAGCAAUGCAAACUACACAGAGUAUGUGGCCACCAGGUGGUAUCGUUCACCAGAACUGCUACUUGGUGCACCAUAUGGAAAGGCUGUUGACAUGUGGUCUGUGGGCUGUAUUCUUGGCGAACUUAGCGAUGGACAACCACUUUUCCCAGGCGAGAGUGAAAUUGACCAGCUGUUUACAAUCCAGAAAGUUCUUGGUCCUUUGCCACCAGAACAAAUGAAGCUUUUCUACAGCAAUUCACGAUUUCAUGGAUUAAGGUUUCCUGCUGUUACUCAUCCCCAGAGUCUGGAGAGGAGGUACUUGGGGAUUAUAAGUGGAAGUUUGCUAGACAUUAUGAAGAAUCUUUUGAAACUUAAUCCAUCUGAACGAUACUUAACAGAACAAUGCUUGAACCACCCGGCAUUUCAGGCUCAGAGGUUAAUGGAGCGUUCUGGAUCAUCACCCUGUCGUUCUUCGAAGAGGAAACCAUAUCAUGGUGAUAAUACUUCCUCUAGCAGGAAUCAGCCCAGCAAAACUGGAGGUGCGCAGUCCCAUCACCGCUCAAGCAACAAGGAUAUGCAGACACUUGGGAUUAGUCCACAGAGAGCUGAAGAUGGUCUUCUACCGAGUGAGAGUUUUAUUAAUGGAAAUAUGCCUGCAGCUUCCAUCAGCCCAACACUGCACACAAAAAACUACCAGCCUACUAGUCGCAGUACAGCAAGCAGCAAAGACCUCAGCAACAACAAUUUACCAAGUCUUCUCAGCCCUAAGGAACCCAAGUCUAAAACGGAAUUUGAUUUCAGUCUGGAUCAGAAGGGCUCUGAUGGACCUGGUGCAAAAUAUUUGAAGUCCAACACUCGAAAUCAACAGAGCAGACACUCGUUUAAGGAAGGCAAGAUUUCUACUCUUCAGUCAAGUGAGAAACAUGCUCGUCACAGCUAUAUGGAGUCUGCUGCAAGUUCUCUGCCUCAGACUUCAAAGAGCAAUUUAUCUUACUUAACACUAACAAAAGGACAUGGAGCUCUGAGUGACUCAAAAUCAGUAGGUAAUCUCAGUGAAACAAGAGCACAAAUGGAUGAUCCUAACUCCAGGUUUUUCCCGUCUAGUUGUAUGGAUUUGAAUUCACCAACUAGUCCAACAGCACCUCGUCAUAGUGAUAAUAGAACAUUGCUUAGUCCAUCUGGUAGAACUAAUCGAAUGGAUAACAGCCUUGAAACCCGUAGGCCACCAAGACAUUCCAAAACGAUGGAGGAAAUGAAAGUGCCUGUAGAGCAUGUGGAAGGCAGUCAUUCACAUUCUAUGUCAGCCCCUCAUGAGUCUUUUCCUUAUGGACUGGGUUAUACAAGUCCUUUCUCUUCACAACAGCGCCCUCAUAGACACUCAAUGUAUGUAACUCGGGAGAGGCCAAGGGUACAAGGUUCAGAGGGCAGUUUAACUGUAGGAAUGCAAACAAGAGCAAGCAGUUUACAGCUGCUGUCUCCCCAGGUUCAGCAUAGGACGCUCAGCAGACAUUCAGCAGGAUCAUCACGAGAAGAUUGCACUGACGACUUGGGAAGGAGUGAUCAAUCUUCAACAGACAUGACCUUAUCAAGACCUUCAGUGAAGGAUUCCACUAGAGAGAAUGCAGGAUUUCACUCGCGUCAGAAAUCUGAGUCUGGAAUAUAUGAUCCUCACCCAGAAGAUGGAACAUCUGCAAAAGAAAACAGACAUGUGUUUCCUGAUACAGUCCCUAGAAGAGUUGGAAGCUUCUACAGAGUUCCUUCUCCUCGACCGGAAGGCACAUUCCAUGACAGCUCAGUAUCUCCACGAGGAUCUGUGUUACCAGUAGACAGUGGUGCUCUGAGCAACCACUCAAAAAGGCAGACAACGUUUGACUCAUGGAAUAAUUCUGAGAAUGUUAAUCUUGGCAGCCCUACUGAACCAAUUAAAGGGAAAGAAAAGCAAGGUUUCUUUAGAGCAAUAAAGAAAAAGAAGAAGAAAUCUCAAACGGCUGACUCCAGCGAUGUAGAGAAUCCAAGCAUCAAGAAAAGUCUGUUUCCUCUUUUUAAUUCAAAGAAUCAUUUAAAACAUAGCUCUUCUCUGAAAAAGGCUCCUGUAGUCAAUCUGCCCAUGAUACCCAGCAGUGACAGUGAAAAUCGUCUGGUAUUGCAGAAAGCUAUGCGUUCUGCUAAUCAAAGCAGCCGACAGAAAGACUGGCAUCCUGAGAAGAUGGCAGAAGUUCAGACUCAGAGUCAACCAUUGAAAUCUCUUCGAAAGCUUCUCCACCUUCCUACUUCAUCAAACCACACAUCUCACUCAGAACUGCGUUUUCAGUCACUGCCAAACCAGCCAACCAAAGCGUCCUUCACCGAAGGGAGAAUCCACCCCGUGGGCCCACCACACAGCAGUACUGUACGUCAAGAACCACAAGCAAAAAUCAGACAGCCAUUCCAACUGCCAGGUCAGAUAGAGACAGGGUGGCAUGUUCCUCCAGUGAACCGUAGUGGCAAUGAUGCAGCUGUCUUUCCUGACCAGAUAGCCACCAAGACUGGUCAAAAUAGCCAUGGCUUUAACAGAACAGGUCGCUCAAGAAUGCCAAAUCUAAAUGAUUUAAAAGAAACUGCACUUUAGUGAUUCUGCAGCUGCUAAAUCCAUAGUUUCUUCAUUGUAGCAGCACUGAGUUCUGGUUGGACAAUAAUCUCUAACAGUAUUGCAGUUUUCUUGGUUUUAAAGUACAUCCCAGAAGCCAACAGUUAAGUGUGAAGCUUAACCAGAAGUUGAAAAGCAGUACAUUUUUGUGUUCCACUUGAUAUGAUUCCAGAUUCUCCUGGAAGAAUUGUAUUGUGCAAGUUGGUACACUGGUUUUAAAACUGGUGAAAACUGACCUUUAAUAUGUUUAAAACUUGAUACAGAUUAUAUAGAAAAUAUAUAAACUAUUUAUAUAACUUGUGUCCUCAUUUUUGUAUAUUGAAAUGUUUUAUUUUCUGGCAUGUGUUCUAUCAUCUGCUAUUGUACUUGUAUAUUGUCACUGUACAUAUGAGUCACUAUGUUGAUUUACCUUGUGGCUACUCUAAUUAAAGGCAUGGAAUUUGUUAAUUUUUACUAAGCACAAUGUAUUUUUGGAUGGACCUUCCAAGACAUGUCUUUAUUAAAAAUGCAAUUUUUGCACUAGA